AGUGUUGGAACAGGAACUAUCAGAUAUCACACGUACAGGAAACGAAUAGUUUAUGUUUCAAUGUGAAAAUUUAAGGUCAGAAUCAUAGACCUCGAGUCAUUUUGUGUGCUACAUACACCGUAAACAGUACACAAAAAUCAACUUUUGUGCAAAAUGUUUUUCUCGAAAUUACUGGUUUGGUUCCUCUCUGCCUUCGGCUGUAGUUCACGGCUGAGUAACGAUGUCAACAUCGCUGUGCAUAACGAUGACAUCCUUCAGGUGUGCCAGAACGCAGGAGCUUUGACAUUCGCCAAGUACGCUCGAUCCAUACCAUGGGUGAACCAGACCCUUGGGAACCUGUCGUCAACGGGGUACAUGGCCCUAGCCCCGACCGACCGUGCGUUCGACAGGCUACCCAAAGCCGUCAAGAUCGCCCUGCGGGACCCACAGGUCUUGGAGUGGUAUUUACGGUACCACAUUGGUCUCUCUGAGGUUUAUACGAAGGAGAUUAACAACAAUUUGAGGAUCCCAAGUGCAUUCCGCCCACCUGGGAAGAUGGAGGACUUACCGGAACCUGUCCUGACCAUCAGGUUCAAUGUCUACGAUGUUGAAUAUGAUGAAAAGGCAAACUUGACUAACCGUUUUGGAAAGACGGUGACGGCGACCGGAGCUCCCAUCAUCCACCCGGAUCUCCAGGCCAGCAACGGCAUCGUACACAUCAUCGAUAAGGUCAUGUUUCCCAUCCCGAUGGGUGUCAACAUGCCAGACUUUCUGAAGAAGGAUCCCAGAUUCAGCCUUCUCUUCAGUUUCCUAACGAAAGCAAACCUAACCGGUGCACUAGCAACAGACCCAUCCAAGCCACUGACGAUCUUUGCUCCCAACGACGCCGCCUUCAAGAAGCUUCCCAAGGCCGUGGUGGCUAAGCUCGCCAAUGUGACCUUCCUUCAAGAAGUUCUCGAGUACCACGUGGUGAAUGCUGCCCUCUACGCCGCUGGUCUGUACGACAACCAGAAGCUGGCACCACUGGCGGGUGGGACUAUUUUGGUUCUGAUCGGUCCAGGAGGAGUAUUCGUUGAUAACGAACAAGUGAUCCAGACGGAUACCACAGUCGUGAACGGCGUCAUUCAUGAAGUGUCUGGAGUUCUGAUCCCGCCGGCAAAGUAGCCGUAGACUUGUGGACAAGUCGUUUUUAAAGGUUUCUCGCGGUGAUUGGUUAAUAAUGGCUUUCUCCGAGCAGUACUUUCGCUGAUGUUUCCGACUUAAUAAUUCAGAUUCAGAUACUCUCACGAGACUCUACUUUCGCGGCAAUAGGGGGAGCCAUGCAGCAAUAUCGCAAGAGACACAACAAGCAUAGCGACUUGAUCACAAGUCUAAUUACCAUUGCUAAGCCUAUAAUGUCAUCAGCAGCUCUUAAAAAUCGUUUAUAGAAGUAUACAUUGGAUCUACAAUAUGAAAUCACACUAACAUACAAAAAAUGUCUGAAUUGCAAUUAUGUUUAAUUGUUAUUUUUGACGAAAGUGUUAAUCAUUAUUUCAACUCAUUAAAUAAGUUCAUCUGAACUGCUAAUAAAGAAUGGAUUAUGAUUUUUUUUCCGAAUUCAAAACAUAAUACAAUGUAAAUGUUACUCACGAUUCACUCCUAAAGCUAGGAGCUUCUUCAGUAGCCAUGUCCAAUGCUUCAACACCUUUUGUACCCUUUCUUUGUAGAGGAGGCCUACAGCGCCCUCUAUGACCAAAAAGAAAUGAUACAAAAGGGCAGUUGAGCAUUAGACAUGGUUACCAGUCUAAAAGAUCAAAGAAGCUCUUAGCUUAGGAGUGGACCUAAACUAAAAUGAUUGGAUUCGAAAAAAAUAAUCCAUUAUUUCAAAUUCGUAGUGAUAGUUUUUAACCAGAAACGGAGGUAUCGUAAUUUUGUUUUAUUUUAAGUAAAGGUGUAUGGGGGUCACAUUUUGGAUAUUUUGUGAUUUUUCUUUGAAAACCUAAUGUUAAUUAGAAUUUUUGAGUAGGUCUCGAGGUAGCCCUCCCUUCAAAUGAAAGCAAGUAUAUAACACAACUGGUUUAAAUCACUGGAUAACAUAAAUCUUGACUGAAAAUGAGAUC